GCCCCUGCCGAGAGCUCCUGCUCGAUCGGCCUUCGUGCACACUCUGCCUAGGCGCUCGGCACACACUAAGCCUUGCACGCUUAGUGUGUGCGACAGUGUGCGUGUACACACUGUUGUCCCCCUGGACGUUGACCGGUGGCAGCGCAACUGCCACGGCAAGUCCAGGGGUCGGCACGCACGGCUGCCCACAACAGUUUUGAACGUUAAAAGAUCCGUAGAAGUGUUGUUUUUUUUUUAUUUGCCAUUUCAGACGGAAGAUUUAGUCGUCGAAAAUGUUCCCAAAAAAGUUAAAGCGAAGUGGAGAGCUUUAUAAAAAAGCCGCGAAACUGGAAGAGCAGUUUGAAAAGGAGUGGGCAUUGCAAAAUGAUCCUGCCGGACCCAGCAGCCAGCCAGCAGCUCAGCAAUCUGCCGAGGAUGUUGCUAUGAAUGAACCCUGUGAAGGUCCUGUGGCAUCAAUGGAAGAGGAGUAUUUGGACGAAAACAAUAUAGAUGACGAACGUGCUAGCGAUGAAGGAUCCAUCCACAACGAAGAUACUGAUGGCGAAGAGUAUUUAGAGGAAGAGUAUUUGGAGGGAGAGUUUUUGGAGGAGGCGAGCCUGGAAACUGAUCCAGAAAGCGCGAAGCUACGAGACUCUUUGCGAACAUGGUUUAUUCGCAAUAAAGUUGCUCGUAGCGGGAGUAAUAAUUUACUAGGAAUACUGCGAAAAGCGUCUUCUCUUUCUGCUUUUUCAUCUCUUCCACAGGAUGUUAGGACAUUGCUGAAAGCUCCGGUUAACGUCAGCGAGCAGAUUACUAAGGUUCCAGGUGGAGGUGAAAUGUGGUACCAAGGCGUUGAAUGUUGUUUUCAGCAUUAUUUCCGUGGCGUGGACGUAUCAGAAGAUGAAUUUGAGCUGAAUCUUUCAGUGGAUGGAACACCCAUUUAUAACCGCAGCGCUAUACAGAUGUGGCCUAUACUGAUGCAGUUGCACAAUAUGCCGAAUGUUCCUGUUAUGGUGGUAGGGAUAUUUUGCGGCACUUCUAAACCAAACAAUGUUGAGCCUUUCCUGAGACCUUUGGUGGAGGAACUAAAUAGGCUACAUGAUCACAAAAUGAACCUAAACGGCAAAAAAAUAACUGUUUCGGUUAGAGUCAUAAUCGCUGACUCGCCUGCACGCGCAUUUAUUAAACAAGUUUGCUACUACAACGGAGUACAUGGGUGUUUAAAAUGUAAAUGCUGUGGUACUUCCCUAAAAACACCAAAAAAAGUUAUUUUCGAGGAUACAACAGCUCCACCAAGAACAGAUAAGGAAUUUAGAGAAGAAAAACCCAGUUCUACAGGCCAUCGAAGAGGGAAAACCCCUCUUACAGAUCUAAAAAAAUUCGACAUGAUAAAAGGUAUAGCUACUAGCGAUUUAUUACAUUUAAUACAAUUGGGUAUUGUUUUCAAGCUUCUGCUAGCCUGGGUCGAAGGAGCUCUUGCCCCCUUUAAAAAAUGGUGCAAGGAAGACAUAGAUGAAAUAUCAGAAGAGCUUAUAAGUAUACUGCUGCCCACAGAAAUUCAUAGGAAGUUUAGGUCUCUUAAUUAUCUUCACUUUUGGAAAGGUACUGAAUUCGGUAGUUUUUUACAUUGCGCAGGUAUAGUUGUUUUGCAAGAUAGAAUAGGUAGACUAGCAUACGAACAUUUUAAAUUAUUAUAUUGCGCUAUAACUAUAUUAUCAUCAUGGGCAUUUAAGGACCAGUGGGAGUAUGCCGGUACAUUGUUGAGGAAAUUUGUUGAGGAUUAUAGUGUUGUGUACGAUCGCAUACAUCUAGUGAGUAAUGUUCAUCUCUUGCUUCAUGUAUACGAAGAGGUUAACAAUUUAGGCCCUCUGAUUACUUUGUCAACACAUUCCUGUGAAAAUAUGUUACAAAUAAUCAAACAUAGUUACGUAAAAUCUGGCUACCGAAGUUUGCAUCAAGCGAUAGGAAAAAUUAUAUUGUUGCGAGACAUAGACACUGCAGCACAAAGAAACCAGGAAAGUAUGACGUAUCCUACACUUAAAGUAAAAAAGGAUGAGACAAUUUUGCAAGUUAGGCAAGGAUUUUUGUUAAGGAAAAUUUUUAAGGAUUCUUGGUUUUUAACAAAAAGAAAUAUCAUAGUUAAGUACGAAAAAGUCAUCGAGGAAUCAGGAUCAGUCGUUGUACAUGGGUAUCCUUUGGUAAGACGUUUUCAAGCUUUUACUACUCCUAUUCCCUCCAAUAAAAUCUAUAACUAUAUUGCAUACGAAAACGACAUUUCAACAACGCUUCGAACUAUUCCAAUAACUGAUAUUAAAUGUAAAAUGGUAGCAAUUAAGACAAUACGAACAGGGGCUAAAGUACAUUUUACGCCAUUAAUACAUACCUUAACAUAAAAAGCCUUGGUUAGGUUAAUACGGUUAAGUAGGUUAAAUAGGUUAGGUAGGUUAGGUAGGUUAGGUAGGUUAGGUAGGUUAAGUAGGUUAAGUAGGUUAAGAAGGUUAAGUAGAUUAAGCUAUAGAUAUUAAGUAACCGAGUAGACCCGGUAUAAGGUCGGACUUAAUCCAGAGACAGAACUAAAUACUCUGUCUCAAAGCUGCCUUAAGAAUAUUGUAAAUUUACAAAUAAUGUUGAAAAAUGUAAGAUGUAUGUUCAAUAAAAAAAAAUUG